UGUCAGUCUAAUGGUGCGUUUCCGAAGUAGUACACAUAUGGUGUGAUUUGCUAGUGGUUUCGGAAAACGGCACACGCCAAUUUGCCUUCCAGCAGUGAAUCGCACUGUCGGACUGUGAAGACACUGCCGCUCACAGCCGCUUGAAAGUUUUUCUUUAUCAGACAGCUGAGUUUGAGUAUUUAACCUUCAUUUCCAUUGUUUACUGUGAUAUUGGUGUUUGGAUUAUACGCCCACCCACGGUUGUAGCAGUUCAGUAUAAUUGUAGAAGAAAAGAUGUGCUGUUCCUGAAUCAAUACAGAAGUUCGAAUCGCUGUAAAGGAAAUCAUGUCAAAGUAGCGAGAAAACUAAGCUGUGUGAAAAUAAAUUUCCCUUUUACAUUCCUUUGGACUGGAAUCGAUCAUCUGGGACGGAGCCUCCGGGGCAAUCUGUCGAACAAUGUCGCCCGCAUUCCUGGCGGUGAUAGCCGUCAUCUUGUGCAUAUUAUUCCGCAUCCUGAACGUUAACAGUCAACCACAGAUUCCGCAUCUGCUCUGCCGUGAUGGCCAGUUCAUGGAAUGUUUCAACAAAAUCGCUCCGAUGUUGCGAGAACCCUACAUUCCAACGCGCUUAUGGGGCUUCAGUGGACACAUCCAGACAAUUAUUCACAGCAUCGUGGGCCGGGUGAAAUGCCCUUGGCCCUUGGGCGAGCGAGUCUAUCUGGCAUUGGCAGACGGUUCCACACUUACCUACGAUCUGUAUCAACCACUGAUAACCUCUGUUGAAGACGACAUCACCGUAGCCAUAUGCCCUGGAAUUGGCAACUCUUCCGAGUCGGUAUACAUCCGUACCUUCGUACACUACGCACAAUGUCACGGUUACCGGUGUGCCGUGUUGAAUCAUAUCGGUGUUCUGGAUAGUGUUCAAGUUACGUCUAGCCGCAUAUUUACGUAUGGUCAUACGGACGAUUACUCGGCAAUGAUUAACAACCUGUUGAGGAAAUAUCCCACGACCAACAUCGUUUCCGUUGGUUUCUCCCUGGGUGGCAAUUUAAUUUCGAAGUAUUUGGGCGAAGCAGUGCGAUCGAGCAACAUAAUCGGGGGCAUUUCCAUCUGCCAGGGCUACAAUGCCGUCGUGGCUACUCAAUGGCUGCUCAAGUGGCAAAACUUUCAUCGCUUCUAUCUGUACGUUUUGACUGAAAAUGUUAAAAGCAUAAUUAUGAAGCACCGGCAUGUGCUACUGGCGGACGACAUCAAACAGCGACAUCUGCUGAACGAACGGGAAAUUGCGGCGGCAGCAACCCUGCCCGAGCUAGACGAGGCCUACACGCGACGAGUUCACAACUUCAAGACUGUGAAGGACAUGUACAGCUGGAGCAGUUCGAUUAACUAUUUAGCUAAUAUCAAACGACCAAUGGUAUUCGUAAACGCCAGAGAUGAUCCGCUAGUUCCGGAUGUUCUACUGAAUCCUGUGAAGGAGUUCGCAACUACACACAACCAGUCCCUCUACAUCGAACUAGCAAACGGUGGCCACUUGGGCUUCUACGAGGGUGGUCUGAUCUACCCGAAUCCGGUUACCUGGCUCGAUAGGGCUCUGGUAGCACUGAUCGGCGGCAUCGUAAUGUCGCACAAUGACAUGCUGAUAGCGAAACAAAGUGCUGCCAUAAUUUAAGAUUCGCUAACAUUCCCAUCGCCAACGUCCAGCUACUACGACAACUACUUCAGUGGCAAUCGUGUCACUAGAUGGUUUCACCGGUGGCUUUCGCCUUUUCAGGCCAUACCAUCGACACCUUCUAUAGGUGGCGUUUUGGUUGCGUUAUUUAAACUGUGUCUCUCCACCAUUUUGCGGCGGAAGACCGAUUUUACCCCAACCGAAACCUCCACUGUCUCAACCCCAGCUCCAGCAACAGGUUAGUUUAUGUUCUCCAAUUUUUUUCAUAAUGUCUCAACAACUGCAAAACCCACUGGGAUGCUUGGCGAAGGGAAUGAUGUUAAAACGAAACGGAUUUUUCAUCGUAGAGUAACAAUAAGUUUGGACUUCAAACGACGCAACGUCGCUAAAUUUUAAUUCAUUCACCGUUGAUAGAUUGUAGGUACUCUUUGUUGAUUUUUGUAAUCCGUUUUUCGAAUCUGAUUUUUAUUGCAGAGAUAUACAGCUAAGUAUUGUCGCGCUUUUGAGAUAAUUUACCGACUCGUGUUAGCACUCUGAGUUCCUUACACGUACGAUAAAUAAAUGAAUGGUAAAACCUUUGUUCGAAAAAGGUUUAAAAAAAAUCAAAUGAAAGAUAAAUUGUGAUAAAUGUAAUUUAUCUCUUAAUUUGAGAUAACAGAAAACAGUAAUUGCAAACAAGGCAUCAAUAUUUCGCUGUGACGCGCUUUAAAGUAACCGCAGCAGUAAUUUUCAUAUCCAGUAAGCAUAUAUUCGUGACCUAGUCCGAGUCCGAGUGUGCAUACGCAAGCGUGAGGUGUGAUUUGGCACAAAACGUUAUCCUAAAAUUCCAGUGUCUCAGAACUACACGGUACAAAAGGAAGCUGCAAAAUAAGCGAAGCGUUCAAAUUUAUCGUCCGUUUUAUUUAUUAUAAGGUUGACAUAUUACUGAAACAGUGCAUAAAACAAUAUUAUCAUACAGUCAAUAUUUGAUAAAGUUUGUUGCUUAACGCAUAUAGUUUCGUUGUAUGCUUUCAAAUGAUUCGGUAUCAUUCGUUUUAUCGAUUAACUAUUUUAAGAUCAAUUAUGGUGCUUUCACAGGUACAUGUCUAUAGACAAUAAUAAAUCUUGAAUAGUACAAGCGGAGAGAUUGCUCUGAAGGUAAAAUUUCGAAUUCGAUAAUUUUUAAUUUUAUAUCUCUGGUCCUUGUCGAAAAGUCAAAUAGUAUAACGUUCCAACAUUUUUAAUGUGUUAACGAUAAUCCAACUUCUGUUUAAAUUAACUUUCCCUAAUUGAAUGUAAUCUUCAUCAAAUAAGAUUUGGGAUUUUUGAAGCAGCUUUCAUGAAUGCUAUUGCUGAAACACCAACAAAACAGUUUUUUUUUUGUCAUUUGUUCUUAUAUCCACUGCAGUACAAAUAAUAUACUAGACUUUUUCGUUUUCUCAAUCACACUUAACUGUUAGAUGAAACUUGUACCACCGAUACAUUUUUAUUUUCACUAAACGGUUCUCUGGCGAUUGCAAUGUAAAUGAUCGCAAAAAAAUUGAUGACAACUUCUGUAGAACAUUUAUGAUUUUAUUCAUCAGAAAAAAACACGAUUUAAGGUUCAACUGAAUAUAUUUGAAAUUUUUGGAUAAUUUCCUCGAAAGAAUCCGACCGAUCGAGAGAGAGAGAGAGAGAGAGAGAGAGAGAGAGAGAGAGAGAACAAUGUGAAGCUUUUAGAAACACAGAUUUCGAUG